CUGAGUUACAAGGACAUUCAACAAGCGAAAUUGAUGUACUGCACCGGACAACCCACAAAUAGACCCGUUACUGUAAGACCCAGACCACCCACGGGUUGUCGAUACAGAGACAAUAACUCCAAUUGUCCAGCUUGGAAAUCCAUGGGUUACUGCACACAUUCAUAUCAGACGUAUAUGAGAAAAAGCUGUCAAGAGAGUUGCUUCUGCGGAACUAAUACCAACUGCCGCGACCUUGAGCGACACUGCCCAGCUUGGAGACAAAGAGGUUACUGUCGGCGAAACUCCCGUUACUACCCCUACAUGGCAAAAAAUUGUAAAAAAUCCUGUGGCUCUUGCCAACCAGCCAAGUGUGCGACGCAAGAAUUGUAUCAUGAACAGGAAAAAGUUAAACCGGUCUGGGGCAAAGUUUAAUGUUGCCAUUCGUUUUUCAGUGCAUUAAUAAAAUAUAAAUAUAGAGGCAAGACCGAUACAACGUAGAUAAGUAAAUUUUAAGACGGAGC